UCCGCCGGUUAAUAUACUCGCAGUGAAUCAAUUGCCAACUUCGAUCGUGCAGGUACGAUGGUCAGGGCGCUGAGUCUCGCUGCGGCCAAGGGUCUCGCCGCCGGUUCCGUGCACUAUGUGCCAGGCAGCGUCGUGGGUCUAGCUCUGGGCUUUGUGGCCGCAGUUGCGAUCGUGGCCAUCGCCGUGUUUGGCUGCGCUGGCCACAAGAAGAAUUCCGGCGGGAAGAAGCCUAGUCGCAGUCACGGGGCUCAGGGUAGCUCUUACUGGUCCGCUGGACCUGCGGCUGGUGUCUCCGUGGGGGACGGCGGCGCUAGCGCCGUAGGAGGAGGUGGAGGCUGUGGGGGCAGUGGAGUAGGAGGUGGAGGAGGCUGUGGGGGCGGCGGCGGAGGAGGUGGUGGAGGCUGUGGAGGUGGCGGAGGAGGAGGCGGUGGUGGAGGCUGUUAAGUAUGAGGGGGACGGAAACGGGGGACGGGAGUCGGAGGCUGGCAAAAACAGGGUACACUGUGGGUAUACAUCUCUCGAACGUUUUUUGUUCAAGGGGGACGUGAAUCCAUCAACUUGGGUACGAUAACUCCGGUACGGUACCUUGGGACGAGAAACGUGAAUCCGGUACGAUACAUGUAUGAAUCAAGUAUAUAUGGGGACGAAAGUGAUAACCACCGAUAUUUAAUUAAAGUACCGGAUUCUUAACAGAA